GCGCCGGAUGUUUUUUCGAGAGGGAAGAUUUGCUCCCUCUCUUUUCUGCCGUCUUUGGAGCCGGGUCACUGUACGGCCUCGGAAGAGGCCAUAUUUUCAUUAUGUCUGGAAGCUACUAUUUUGUAAUUGUAGGCCAUCAUGAUAAUCCUGUAUUUGAAAUGGAAUUUCUACCAGCUGGUAAAGUAGAAUCUAAGGAUGACCAUCGCCACCUGAAUCAGUUCAUAGCUCAUGCUGCUCUUGACCUAGUAGAUGAAAACAUGUGGCUGACAAAUAAUAUGUACCUGAAGACUGUGGAUAAAUUUAAUGAAUGGUUUGUUUCUGCCUUUGUCACUGCAGGCCAUAUGAGAUUUAUAAUGCUUCAUGAUGUAAGACAAGAAGAUGGAAUCAAAAACUUCUUUAGCGAUGUCUAUGAUCUGUAUAUAAAGUUUGCAAUGAAUCCUUUUUAUGAAGCUAAUUCUCCAAUUCGAUCCACUGCAUUUGACAGAAAGGUUCAGUUUCUUGGGAAGAAGCAUCUUUUAAGUUGAUUUAUUCCAUCUGUAACAUGACAUAAAAAGACUAUUGAAUGAAACAACAAAGUGUUUAAGAAGCUUAACGAAGCAAGAAAACUUCAGAAAUCCAAGUUUCUCCAUGAAAGCUGAUCACUUCAACUCUGUAUGUGUGUGUAUACACAUACAUAUAUACAUAUAUGUAGAUAUCAAAAUAAAUGCUAAUAUACGUCUUGUAUGUUUCAAGGACCAUCUGCAGCUCAUUUUGUAAAAUGAUAGAUAACACAGCCCACACUUUCUGUGAAGUUUUAUUGUAGAAGAGUUUCAGUUCAGGACUGUACAGUAUGAAGGGUUAUUAGAUAUCCAACUGUGAGUUGAAAAGAAGUAAUGGGGUGAGCAUGAAAAACUGUAGGUACUUCUAAUCAUGAACAAAGUGAAUUUGAUUUUAGUUUGAUAUAUUAUUAGAUAAGCUAAUAAAUGAAUGACAUUACAGAAGUGAUCUAGAGCACAUUUUCACAUACAACUUUUUGAAUACCACUUUCUCUUCCCUCUGUUAACAUACGUUAUUAGUAAAAGAAUGACUUCAGGCAAAAUGUCAUACCUUUAUGUAAAGCAGCGGUGGUCACUAGGUUCCUUGGCUCUACUCUUUCAGACACAUUAUAUAUUAUGAAGAAAUAAUACAUGAUUUUUAAUUUAGCACUGUCACUUUCCAAAAUGUAUUAAACUAAAAGCAAUCCAGUCAAGUUAAUAUAGUUACAGAGACAAUGAAGAUGUGAAAUCUGGUUUCAUUUAUUUCAGUUAAGACUGAGUAGUCUGAAAUCCUAAAAUUCGGUAUUGGUGAUAUUUCUACAAGCACAGCUUAUCCCAAAAGGAGUGACAAGGAGUGCAAGUGGCAAACUGCAAACUCUUGUGUUUAAAUAUUAAUUUACGUACUUAGGAAUACAGACCUGUUAAUUACUAUUACACAGCUUUCCAUUUUAGGAUGUUUCACUGCCUAAAAGCCCUGGACGGUGUAAUAGCAAAUGAAUUGCUGGGGAAUAAAGAUGCUAUUACAUUGUU